UGUCCUGACCGAGCCCCUUCGGGGAGGCAAGUGCCGCGUGGGGAACUGGGCGCAGAGAGACGCGCGAGGAAGAAGAGGCAGCCGAGGCAACCGGCGAGCUUAACGCAAAGCGAAAGAAGGGAGGUUGAGAAGCAGAGCCUCCCACCGUCCCGGGAACCGGCCAAGAUCCAGCGCCGGGGAAACCGCUCAGGAUGAAUCUCUUCUCGUCCAUAUUCAGCUAUUUGCUACUGCACUUGUUUGCUUUCUGCUUGCAGGCACAGGUAACUGUUCAGUCCCCACCUAAUUUUACACAGCAUGUGAGGGAGCAGAGCCUGGUGACCGACCAACUAAGCCGGCGACUCGUCCGGACCUAUCAGCUGUACAGUCGGACCAGUGGGAAGCACGUGCAAAUCCUGGACAACAAGAAAAUCAAUGCCAUGGCGGAGGAUGGAGAUGCUCAUGCCAAGCUCAUUGUGGAGACCGACACAUUUGGGAGCAGAGUAAGAAUCAAGGGAGCUGAGACAGGCUUCUAUAUCUGCAUGAACAAGAAAGGAAAGCUGAUUGGCAAGAGCAAUGGCAAGGGCAAGGACUGUGUCUUCACCGAGAUUGUGCUGGAGAACAACUACACAGCAUUGCAGAACGCAAAGUAUGAAGGGUGGUACAUGGCCUUCACCCGGAAGGGGCGUCCCCGCAAGGGCUCGAAGACUCGCCAGCAUCAGCGUGAGGUGCACUUCAUGAAGAGGCUACCCAAGGGCCACCAAACAACAGAGCCUCACAGACGCUUCGAAUUUCUCAAUUACCCUUUCAACCGGAGGAGUAAAAGGACUCGGAACUCCAGCCCCAAGCCCACACCCUGACCCACCACCCUCCUUAGUGCCACUUGGGUCCACCCUCCUUUCCCUUUUUUGUUGGAGGACAUUCUGUAGAGACUUUUAACUGAUGGACAAUGCCUAGAGACUUAACCUGUGAUGAUAAUUAAAACGAGGGUGGAAGACGAGGGGGAAACCAAACUUGAUCUAGUUGUUUAUAAUUGUUUUUUUGUGUUUUUUAAAAAACAAAAAGAGGCUCUAUUUUUGUAUUCCAACUUUACUGCUUUUUAAAGAAAAAGCACUGUAAUGUUAAAAGACUUGUGAAGGGUUGCUCUUCACUUAAGAAACAUUUUUGAGUCCAUGGGGGGCGUGUUAUGUUUUAAUAGACUUAAAAAAAAAAGUGGGGUGGGGAUGGGUAGGAGGUAGUUGAUCUAGGGGUAAGCAUAGAACCUGCCCUCUUCAAUCAAAUAAUAAAUUUUGGGACCAAAUUUCUACCUCAAAUAAAACAAAUGUAAUAGAAACACAACCCAUUAAGAGCUUUUGUGCAAGCUCCAUUAAUUUUGAUGGGUCUGUGUGGAUGUUCCUGGUACCUGCAGACUGUGGCCUUUCUCAGAGUCAAAUGGGUGCGAGUCCCUUUGUAACCAGCGAGAGACUUGCAGGCACCAACAGGGUGGGAUAUGAAGUCACUGUUUCCAUUUCUGAAUGAGAGAGGGAGAGCAGAAUCCCCAAGGAGGAAUGAAUGAACGCCACCACAGAGGUGGUGCUGAGAUGAUGGCCGCCAGCUUUGCUUUGUAUGUUCUAUCCAAGCUUAUCAUGUCUCCAGAGGUCUGCAUUUUUAUUAUUAUUCUGUAGA